UGCAACCUGGAGCGCAGCUCGUCCACCAGCCUGGGCAGCAGCGGCAGCCGCAAGCGCUCCGCCUCCAAGGACGAGCCCAAGGCCCGCGAGCAGGCCGUCACUCCAGAGUUCCGCAUGUCGGUGCUGCUGGCGCGCGAGGAGGCCAAGGCGGAGGAGAAGGCGGCGCACUCGCCGCUGCUGUGCGCGCACAACGGGCUCGCCGACAAGCGCACCAAGUCGUCCCUAAGCCUCGACUACCCGCGUGAACCGGCAUCACAGUCGGCGUCCAACUCGGAGGACGAGGGCUCGGUGCGCGCGCCCGCCGCGCCCGGGCCGGAGCCCGACGCCGCGCCCGACAGCGACGCCGAGCGCCUGUCGCCGCUGCUCACGCGGCCGCUCACCAACGGGGUGAGUGCCCGCGAGCGCACAGCAGCCGGCCUCCAGCUCGGAGCACGAGGGCUCGCCGGGCCGGAGCCCGACGCCGCGCCCGACAGCGACGCCGAGCGCCUGUCGCCGCUGCUCACGCGGCCGCUCACCAACGGGGUGAGUGCCCGCGAGCGCACAGCAGCCGGCCUCCAGCUCGGAGCACGAGGGCUCGCCGGGCCGGAGCCCGACGCCGCGCCCGACAGCGACGCCGAGCGCCUGUCGCCGCUGCUCACGCGGCCGCUCACCAACGGGGUGAGUGCCCGCGAGCGCACAGCAGCCGGCCUCCAGCUCGGAGCACGAGGGCUCGCCGGGCCGGAGCCCGACGCCGCGCCCGACAGCGACGCCGAGCGCCUGUCGCCGCUGCUCACGCGGCCGCUCACCAACGGGGUGAGUGCCCGCGAGCGCACAGCAGCCGGCCUCCAGCUCGGAGCACGAGGGCUCGCCGGGCCGGAGCCCGACGCCGCGCCCGACAGCGACGCCGAGCGCCUGUCGCCGCUGCUCACGCGGCCGCUCACCAACGGGGUGAGUGCCCGCGAGCGCACAGCAGCCGGCCUCCAGCUCGGAGCACGAGGGCUCGCCGGGCCGGAGCCCGACGCCGCGCCCGACAGCGACGCCGAGCGCCUGUCGCCGCUGCUCACGCGGCCGCUCACCAACGGGGUGAGUGCCCGCGAGCGCACAGCAGCCGGCCUCCAGCUCGGAGCACGAGGGCUCGCCGGGCCGGAGCCCGACGCCGCGCCCGACAGCGACGCCGAGCGCCUGUCGCCGCUGCUCACGCGGCCGCUCACCAACGGGGUGAGUGCCCGCGAGCGCACAGCAGCCGGCCUCCAGCUCGGAGCACGAGGGCUCGCCGGGCCGGAGCCCGACGCCGCGCCCGACAGCGACGCCGAGCGCCUGUCGCCGCUGCUCACGCGGCCGCUCACCAACGGGGUGAGUGCCCGCGAGCGCACAGCAGCCGGCCUCCAGCUCGGAGCACGAGGGCUCGCCGGGCCGGAGCCCGACGCCGCGCCCGACAGCGACGCCGAGCGCCUGUCGCCGCUGCUCACGCGGCCGCUCACCAACGGGGUGAGUGCCCGCGAGCGCACAGCAGCCGGCCUCCAGCUCGGAGCACGAGGGCUCGCCGGGCCGGAGCCCGACGCCGCGCCCGACAGCGACGCCGAGCGCCUGUCGCCGCUGCUCACGCGGCCGCUCACCAACGGGGUGAGUGCCCGCGAGCGCACAGCAGCCGGCCUCCAGCUCGGAGCACGAGGGCUCGCCGGGCCGGAGCCCGACGCCGCGCCCGACAGCGACGCCGAGCGCCUGUCGCCGCUGCUCACGCGGCCGCUCACCAACGGGGUGAGUGCCCGCGAGCGCACAGCAGCCGGCCUCCAGCUCGGAGCACGAGGGCUCGCCGGGCCGGAGCCCGACGCCGCGCCCGACAGCGACGCCGAGCGCCUGUCGCCGCUGCUCACGCGGCCGCUCACCAACGGGGUGAGUGCCCGCGAGCGCACAGCAGCCGGCCUCCAGCUCGGAGCACGAGGGCUCGCCGGGCCGGAGCCCGACGCCGCGCCCGACAGCGACGCCGAGCGCCUGUCGCCGCUGCUCACGCGGCCGCUCACCAACGGGGUGAGUGCCCGCGAGCGCACAGCAGCCGGCCUCCAGCUCGGAGCACGAGGGCUCGCCGGGCCGGAGCCCGACGCCGCGCCCGACAGCGACGCCGAGCGCCUGUCGCCGCUGCUCACGCGGCCGCUCACCAACGGGGUGAGUGCCCGCGAGCGCACAGCAGCCGGCCUCCAGCUCGGAGCACGAGGGCUCGCCGGGCCGGAGCCCGACGCCGCGCCCGACAGCGACGCCGAGCGCCUGUCGCCGCUGCUCACGCGGCCGCUCACCAACGGGGUGAGUGCCCGCGAGCGCACAGCAGCCGGCCUCCAGCUCGGAGCACGAGGGCUCGCCGGGCCGGAGCCCGACGCCGCGCCCGACAGCGACGCCGAGCGCCUGUCGCCGCUGCUCACGCGGCCGCUCACCAACGGGGUGAGUGCCCGCGAGCGCACAGCAGCCGGCCUCCAGCUCGGAGCACGAGGGCUCGCCGGGCCGGAGCCCGACGCCGCGCCCGACAGCGACGCCGAGCGCCUGUCGCCGCUGCUCACGCGGCCGCUCACCAACGGGGUGAGUGCCCGCGAGCGCACAGCAGCCGGCCUCCAGCUCGGAGCACGAGGGCUCGCCGGGCCGGAGCCCGACGCCGCGCCCGACAGCGACGCCGAGCGCCUGUCGCCGCUGCUCACGCGGCCGCUCACCAACGGGGUGAGUGCCCGCGAGCGCACAGCAGCCGGCCUCCAGCUCGGAGCACGAGGGCUCGCCGGGCCGGAGCCCGACAGCGACGCCGAGCGCCUGUCGCCGCUGCUCACGCGGCCGCUCACCAACGGGGUGAGUGCCCGCGAGCGCACAGCAGCCGGCCUCCAGCUCGGAGCACGAGGGCUCGCCGGGCCGGAGCCCGACGCCGCGCCCGACAGCGACGCCGAGCGCCUGUCGCCGCUGCUCACGCGGCCGCUCACCAACGGGGUGAGUGCCCGCGAGCGCACAGCAGCCGGCCUCCAGCUCGGAGCACGAGGGCUCGCCGGGCCGGAGCCCGACGCCGCGCCCGACAGCGACGCCGAGCGCCUGUCGCCGCUGCUCACGCGGCCGCUCACCAACGGGGUGAGUGCCCGCGAGCGCACAGCAGCCGGCCUCCAGCUCGGAGCACGAGGGCUCGCCGGGCCGGAGCCCGACGCCGCGCCCGACAGCGACGCCGAGCGCCUGUCGCCGCUGCUCACGCGGCCGCUCACCAACGGGGUGAGUGCCCGCGAGCGCACAGCAGCCGGCCUCCAGCUCGGAGCACGAGGGCUCGCCGGGCCGGAGCCCGACGCCGCGCCCGACAGCGACGCCGAGCGCCUGUCGCCGCUGCUCACGCGGCCGCUCACCAACGGGGUGAGUGCCCGCGAGCGCACAGCAGCCGGCCUCCAGCUCGGAGCACGAGGGCUCGCCGGGCCGGAGCCCGACGCCGCGCCCGACAGCGACGCCGAGCGCCUGUCGCCGCUGCUCACGCGGCCGCUCACCAACGGGGUGAGUGCCCGCGAGCGCACAGCAGCCGGCCUCCAGCUCGGAGCACGAGGGCUCGCCGGGCCGGAGCCCGACGCCGCGCCCGACAGCGACGCCGAGCGCCUGUCGCCGCUGCUCACGCGGCCGCUCACCAACGGGGUGAGUGCCCGCGAGCGCACAGCAGCCGGCCUCCAGCUCGGAGCACGAGGGCUCGCCGGGCCGGAGCCCGACGCCGCGCCCGACAGCGACGCCGAGCGCCUGUCGCCGCUGCUCACGCGGCCGCUCACCAACGGGGUGAGUGCCCGCGAGCGCACAGCAGCCGGCCUCCAGCUCGGAGCACGAGGGCUCGCCGGGCCGGAGCCCGACGCCGCGCCCGACAGCGACGCCGAGCGCCUGUCGCCGCUGCUCACGCGGCCGCUCACCAACGGGGUGAGUGCCCGCGAGCGCACAGCAGCCGGCCUCCAGCUCGGAGCACGAGGGCUCGCCGGGCCGGAGCCCGACGCCGCGCCCGACAGCGACGCCGAGCGCCUGUCGCCGCUGCUCACGCGGCCGCUCACCAACGGGGUGAGUGCCCGCGAGCGCACAGCAGCCGGCCUCCAGCUCGGAGCACGAGGGCUCGCCGGGCCGGAGCCCGACGCCGCGCCCGACAGCGACGCCGAGCGCCUGUCGCCGCUGCUCACGCGGCCGCUCACCAACGGGGUGAGUGCCCGCGAGCGCACAGCAGCCGGCCUCCAGCUCGGAGCACGAGGGCUCGCCGGGCCGGAGCCCGACGCCGCGCCCGACAGCGACGCCGAGCGCCUGUCGCCGCUGCUCACGCGGCCGCUCACCAACGGGGUGAGUGCCCGCGAGCGCACAGCAGCCGGCCUCCAGCUCGGAGCACGAGGGCUCGCCGGGCCGGAGCCCGACGCCGCGCCCGACAGCGACGCCGAGCGCCUGUCGCCGCUGCUCACGCGGCCGCUCACCAACGGGGUGAGUGCCCGCGAGCGCACAGCAGCCGGCCUCCAGCUCGGAGCACGAGGGCUCGCCGGGCCGGAGCCCGACGCCGCGCCCGACAGCGACGCCGAGCGCCUGUCGCCGCUGCUCACGCGGCCGCUCACCAACGGGGUGAGUGCCCGCGAGCGCACAGCAGCCGGCCUCCAGCUCGGAGCACGAGGGCUCGCCGGGCCGGAGCCCGACGCCGCGCCCGACAGCGACGCCGAGCGCCUGUCGCCGCUGCUCACGCGGCCGCUCACCAACGGGGUGAGUGCCCGCGAGCGCACAGCAGCCGGCCUCCAGCUCGGAGCACGAGGGCUCGCCGGGCCGGAGCCCGACGACGCGCCCGACAGCGACGCCGAGCGCCUGUCGCCGCUGCUCACGCGGCCGCUCACCAACGGGGUGAGUGCCCGCGAGCGCACAGCAGCCGGCCUCCAGCUCGGAGCACGAGGGCUCGCCGGGCCGGAGCCCGACGCCGCGCCCGACAGCGACGCCGAGCGCCUGUCGCCGCUGCUCACGCGGCCGCUCACCAACGGGGUGAGUGCCCGCGAGCGCACAGCAGCCGGCCUCCAGCUCGGAGCACGAGGGCUCGCCGGGCCGGAGCCCGACGCCGCGCCCGACAGCGACGCCGAGCGCCUGUCGCCGCUGCUCACGCGGCCGCUCACCAACGGGGUGAGUGCCCGCGAGCGCACAGCAGCCGGCCUCCAGCUCGGAGCACGAGGGCUCGCCGGGCCGGAGCCCGACGCCGCGCCCGACAGCGACGCCGAGCGCCUGUCGCCGCUGCUCACGCGGCCGCUCACCAACGGGCCGUGCGCGGGCUGCGGCGGCUGCGCGGGGUGCGCGGCGGGCGGCGCGCUGCGACUGGCGGCGCCGGCGCUGGCGCACAUCGACGACACCGACACCGACGAGCCCGACCACCACCACUCGGACGGCAGUCAAUCCCGCGACGAGGCGGGGUCACCAGCGGUCGGCGAGGACUCGGACUAUUUCACGCCUGAAGACACCACCACCACCAUUCUGACAGUGCCCAGCGCCAAGUCCAAGAUCGAGCCAGCCAACAACGUGCCCGGGGAAUGCACCCCUCAGCGCUGGGCAUUGCCGCAUCACGUCACAUCUCUUCCAGGCACCCCCCUGAGCCAGUCGAGCGUGCGGUCGUCGGGCGACUCGUACAGCUCGACGUCGUCCACGCGGCAGCUGCUGGCGCCCGUCGGGGCCCCGCUGGCCGCCGACACGGCCUGCUAG